UGUUGACAGAACAAGUUUGAAGUACUAAAUUUUUGCUCAACUUCUCUGGCCUCAUUUCUUUCCUUCUACGAGCGAAUGCCAUGGAUCAAGAAAGAAAGCAACUCAAGGGAGAGGAUAGCUUUUCAAAGUUCGUCCGAUUCAUAUUUUGCGCGGCAGUGGUCGUCUUCGUUUUUUCGUGCUUGGCUUUCUUAGUUUUGGAGCACGUUCAAAUGAAACAGAGAUUAGCUUCGAUCGAAGAGAAGAUGGUCACGGAUGAGACAAUGAAGAAGUUCUGUGCCACAAGUCGAAUGCAGAGUGACACAGAUGAAAGGGCUCAUGUUAAAACUUUGCUUAUAAGAAAAAGGAGAUCGUUGGCCUUGAGUCUAGAGAGUCUCGAGAAAAGAUUGAAAAUUCUAGAAUUCAGGUGAGAUCACUUUGUAUGUCAAAGUUGUCGUUGUCAUGAGAUGACGGAAACCACAAAAUGUUGUAAAGGUAACUAGUGAUGGCGACACUGAUUGAUUGGAAUAAGUAAGUUUUAAACUGGCCUUGUUGUGUUCAGGAGACGUUUAUCUUCUGAUAAAACGAAAGAAUGUAACAGAUCACCUGCGUUGUUUCAAGAUUCUAUCCAAAGAUAACAAAUUCGGGCAUUUUCUGAUUAAGCCAAUAACCAGAUUACGGUCCGUAAACGGUACAUCACAUUUGGAAUUUAAAGAUGGUUUGCAAUUUUUGCAGGGCAAUCAAGGAAAACAAGUCUUCUCCCAGGGACUUGUUUCGGACACCGGAAGUACUGCGAGGUAAUCUGCGAUGCGACGGUAAAGAAACAACACCCAAAGUUAAACAACUUUCCUUACCAUGUAACGUGUAGAAACAUAUUACUUAUAAUAAAAGGUCAAUCCCUGGUGGUAAGAAAGUUAAGACUUUAAAAAUAAGCCUGUGUCUAAACACGGAGUUAUUGAUAUCACUGGUUAACAAGUACAAGCUAUUAUUUCUUUUAUGAAAAUAAAUGUCUAAUUACAAUGAUGUUCAUUUAUCACAGGACGAGAUGGUCGGGACGGCAGGGAUGGUUCCGCGGGCCCUCCUGGACCACCAGGGACACCAGGGCAACCAGGGACACCAGGAGUACCAGGUUGGAGAAAUACAAAACCACAAUUUUUUUUCUUACAGGACUUAAAAUUAUUAUAAUCAUUUUCCGACAUAAGUUGUGGUCAAGUCUUUACCCACAUGUUAUGUCACAUGUUAUGUUGUUUUCAGGCUGCGACAUUUUAUUUUUUUUUUAUUUUUUUUAUUAGAUUUGCAAUUAAAUUUUCCAAUAACAUAACGGGCAGGCAACCACAACAGCGAUAGCAAUUUCCCAGGAGUUUCUUCUUACUAAUCUUAAUUUGAAAUUGCAUCCUUGUUUUCAGGCUGGACAUAAACUUUUUAUAUUUUUUCCCUCAGGUUUUUAGUUUGUAAUGCAUCCUCACGGCUAAACUAUUUUAUCCCUCAGGUUUUAGUGGUAAUAAAGGCGGAACACAAGGCCCACCGGGACCAAAAGGUACUGUAAAUAUUUUUUAAAUCUUAAUAAAUCAGAUCACGAUAAUUUCAGUGUAAAGAGCUAUAUUUCCAUUUUAUUCUGAUACUGAGAAGAUUUUCUAAUAAUGUGCAGGAGAUCCUGGACCUCAAGGACAAAAGGGAAAAGAAGGCCAGGGGCUGUCUGGAGUCAGUAACGUGCGCUGGGGUCGGACAAGGUGUGAUGGAGAUGCUCAAGUUGUUUACACAGGUGUGUACCACGCCUUCCUUUCAUAAUUCUUGGGAAUACAAUUCACGCGCAAAGGGACCUCUAAAAGACGCUUUUAAAACAAACUUACAAAGGGAAUAAAAGAGGAAAUGUUCAAGUCUAAGGGAAGAGGAAAUGAAUGGAAUACACUGGUCUUGACGUGUCACAUUUAGUGUUAGAGAGUCGAUGAUUUAUUAAUUAAGGAUUUUAGACAAAUGUGUUGUUAAAAUAAUUUGAGUUAGUGUUGUGCUAUGCAAUAUAUCACAUAUUAAUUAGCAUAAUUUAGUUGUCUUGCAUAGAUCCUCUAUUCAAAUAACAGACACAGAAAUAGAUAGUUGUAGAUAACUUCCAAGGUAAAAAAAUUAGCGUUCACCUUUCAAGAUGAAAAACGGAAAAGUUCUCCGUUAUUCGGGACUUUUGUCGUGGUUAAAAAUAACUUUUUGAAGUCUCGGCCAGUUUCAUUGGUCCUCUCUCGUGUCGAGUUAUUAAAACUAAGCAAGAAGAGUACAACGUGUUCAGUCAACAACCAUGUUUAAUCCUCACCCUAUUACUACUGCCCCAAUAUGCGCGUGACACAAACCGAAAGUACAAAGUUCAAUAACGCAACACUCUAGGGGCAAUAUGGUAGUACUUCGUCUGUUAUUAUAGUAUACCAGAGGCAACGGGGAGAAUCUAUCCACCUCGAAAAGGACAAAAGACUAAAAUGAUGCUAAAAACAAGCUAUUUUUCGAUUUCCUAGGGGACACGCAGGGGUCUGAGUUAAUUUUUCAGUAAUCGUGUUACGGAAGUAAUAAAUUUUAUCACACUUUUGAGCUGUAGUAAUUCACUCAACGCGACGACUGUUUACCAACAAAACUACAUAUAAUAGCAUGAUGUGAAUGUCAAGUGAUGAAUCAGAAUAAAUAGUGGUUCCAUCCCAUCAGAAAGAGAUGCAGUUGCCUUAUUAUUUAGACAUUUCAAAUUCUGAACUUCAAACAAAAUUUUUAUGUCAUGUAAAGCGUAGGGAUUCUUGGCACUUAUGAAAAUGAAAUCCUCCUUGGGGAAAUUGAUUCUGUCUCCGUGUGUUUUUUAAAUCCGUGACUCUACUCAAGUCAGGUAAAUUCAAUGGAAUUCUUAAGGUAAGCAAAACUGGUUGUUACUACUCGAUCCAGGAGCCAGACAUUAAGUAAAAUUAUUUGCGCACCAGCUGAGGAAUAGGGAAAAAGAAGGAAGAAAUAGGAAAAGGAAGAAGGAAAGAAAGCCCAGUAAAAGAAAUACUACCGUAUGUUUGCAUUGAAUUUCCAGUACGUGAUUUGUUAAGCUUUAAGGCAAUAAGUGCAAGGCAAUGCUGUUUCCCAUUAAGUUUUAAAAACAGAGCUGGUCGUGUCUAACAACUAUAAAUUUCUGAAAUCCGUGUAUGUGUAUAUGCGAUGAUGAAAUUCCUACCAUACUGAGAGAGGAGCCAGAAAUUUUUUAACUUAAUGAGAUAUCCAAAGCGUAACCCAGACGAAACAUGGCUAUUAUGACUCAGUGGAAGAGGAAAUCGGAUUUCUUAAGUUUUAAAGCUUUCCGGAACUUUCUUGAUCAUCUCAAAAUACCUACAAAAGAAUGGUUAUUGAGAAUCUGAUCGUAAAUCGGAAAAAAAGGCUCGCUUUGGUUAUCAGACUACUGUUUCAAUUCUCUUCACCUGUCUGUUGAUAAAUUAAAUAAUUUAUGUUCUGAUUUUAAAAAACAAAAUCAGAUAUUAAUUACUGUAAUCAGACAUCUGGGAAACAUAUAAUAUGUUUUCCAAAUGUCUGAUUACAGUUUAUCUUGGCGAGUAAUUGGACGUAACACCAUCUCUCUAGCAGCAGUGCACUUAAAUCAACCCAUAUAUGUAGUGUGCGAAGACCGCUUAAGAUAAAUUGCAUCUGCAAAGGAAGCGUGAGCUGUUUCGAUCAAACUGCGGGGCUUUCACUAAGAAAAUGAAGUAAUCUAGAAAAAUAAAAGAAGCGAAAUGCAAUAGGCCACUCUGACAGAGACUAUGCGCCCUAUGCUUGUCGUGCUUGGCUUUCAUGGUUUUGGAGCACGUUCAAAUAGAGGGGAAUGUAGCUGCAAUCGGAGAGAAGAUGAUCACUGAAGAGAUGAUAAAGACGUUCUAUGGGAAAGCUCAAAUACGGUGUGAUGUAAAAUGAUAAAUGUUCAUGCUUUACUUAUAACAAAAAGGAAAGCAUUGGGUUAGAGUCUUAAAGUCUUGAGAAAUGAUUAAAAUCUCUCCGGAAAGAUCUCCAUUUUUUUCAAGGUCAUGAUGAAAAUUUGACCAUUCCCCCCAGAGGUGGAUAUUCCAAGUGAUAGCGUGACGAUCUAUUUCAGUCGGAAAUGUGAAGUCUAACAAAUCAUUUCUCUGCUGUUUUGAACACAAAACACAAAUUUUACCUUAGGGAUUUUUUAAUGGACUAUUUCAUUCAAAAGCAAAGGUCGAACUGAUUUUGUAGCAUAUUAAUAAUGGUAAUACGAUUGAGUGAAGUCCAAUUCGGUCUGUAAUCAUACGAGUGAUUGACAAAAUCAGACGACCGCGAAGAGGUAGUCCGAAGUUUUUAAUCACGAAGUCACGAAGACACGAAGACACGAAGACACGAAGACACGAAGUCCUGUUACCCUAGUAAUCAUAACCAUUACAACUUUCGAAAAAAGAAUGACAUCUACAACCAAUAUCUCCAUAAUGUCUUAAGUUAAAAAUUCCUCCAUUUACGAAAUCCCCCAGUUUUUCUUGGGACAAGCGGUUGUUGCUUUGGUUAUUGUGGUCAAUUCUGUGAUUGCUGGAUUUAGCUAAGUAGACUAAGUACGAUUGGGUGCUUCAACUGUUCGAUUACAGGUGCCCGAUUACAGCCAACUAUUCAAUUACACUGUUCGACUACAACUCCACAAAAUAGCUUGUGAAAAGUAAAGCAGUUAGUGCACCAAUCACAUUUGAAGAAAUUGUAAUGGUUGUGAUUAACUACGGCAUUGAGUAUGACGUCGAAUUGCGUGGUUUUCGCGGUUGAUUCCGGUCUGCAGCAUUCAAGCCCCAGAAGGAGCUGGACACUUUAUUUAUGUAAUGAAGCAAAAGAUACAAAACUUUGUGGCGAAUAACCACACUAGAAUUGAAUGUUGUUUAUGAUAUUCUUCAGAUAAAAAAUGAAUACCUUUGAAGUUCUAGGUACUACAAAAUUAUGGGGCCAGUUCAGACGGUGAGUUCUGAAUCUUGCACUAAACUUUCGACUUUCGUGUUUUCUACUGUCAUAUAUGCAUUACUGAUUGACACUUUCCUGAGGCCUUCAAUUCCUACUUCGUGGACGGUAAACAACUUGAGUCAUAAGCUAAUCAUACUAAGAGAACCAGAAUUCUUUGCCAGUGCUCACUUCGUACACACAGCGCAUGUCAGCUCUCUUCCAGAGACGUAUGGAAGGCAUGGUAACGAGCCACAACCUCCUUGAACAAGAUACAGCAGUGCACCAUCUUUAUCAGAUUGGGAGCCUGGGACAUACUCAGCCUCCCAAUCAACGCAGAUAAAGUCUCGCGUGCUCUGGUGGCCGUAAUGAGCUGUCAUCAAAUACCCAUGAUACUCUUUAGCCCAACCGGAUGGACAGUCAUUCCUUGCGGGCAUCAUCAAUUGCGAACCACGUGAUCUGACGAAGCACACGGCACACGGUGCGUCGUGGUUAUGCAGGUUAUUUGUAAACGGAUAAAGGGAACUCACUUCAUACUCAGUUCCAUAGAUGGCGCCCGUUGUCUCCCAGCUGUUGGUAUAUUUGUCGUACUUUGGGUCAUUAGGAAGGCACAAGUAAUUUCCACCGCCUCCCCGGUGAUGAUAAGCACCGCUUCCAAUGAUCCCUAAACUCAAAUGAAAGUUUUAGUGUUGGUAGCCUAACCUUCUAAUCCUGAUUUGUUCCAGACAUUCACAGCAACUUUUCUCUCGAUACUUGCAGCCUUCCGUUAAGCAGCAAUAAUCAUGAUGCCUUUCCAGGCAUCAUCAUCUUUCACCUGAAUUAUUACCUUCAAUAACUUGAAACAUAAGGAAUGUAUUGAAAAGGCUAAAACUGAUGAAUUGAAAUCUUAGGUGUGAAAGCCCGGUACCUGCUUGCUCCUGUCCUCUGACUCAGUAGUUUUUUUUCAUAUUCUGAACAUUUUUCGGUUUUUCUUGAUAUCAUUCAGCAGAUAUCCUUGCUUGUGUGGAAUAUUUUGGCGAGCGUAUUGAGCCAAAUAAGAAUGAUUGCAUCUAGCUUGGUCCACUAAUGGAGCUCGAAGACUCGUUUUGUUAGCACUUUAGAUCAAUCGAGUGGAACCCUACUAAAUAUGGCCUUUGUUUGGGUAGGGGAAUAUUAUAAAAAACUGAAAUGAUUUAUCUUGCAGGUGUAGCUUUUUUUCGCAAAUUGAUAGAAACAACAGGAAUAAUAAAUGGAAAACGGCAUGUAUCAUAAUCUUGUACUUUUGAAAGCUUCAAUUUCUCUCUGUAGAGGGCACUCACCUGCACUCACCUGACAAGCACUCACCUGACAAGCUGCAUAAAUUAGUCAUGGCGUGCAGACAUAUUUUUGCAGUCGUGCUUCUAUUGACUAUUUUCAGCGUUUUACUUGGCCAAUUUACUUCAAUUACACCUGAAUUCGAUCGCUCUACAGUUACACUCUUCAUUGGGAAGGAAAUAUCUGCUCCACCUACGUUCAACUGUAAGUCAAAGCCUUCGAAAUGCACACCUUGCGAAUUGAAUUUGAAGCUUCACGCGUUGUUGCGGUUCAUCAAGCUUGGCCAAUUUUGUCUGUGCAUUCUUCUAUCUGGCGAUAUUGCCGUCAAUCCAGGGCCUAAUAAUCUUCAACCACCUGCAGGCUUCAGAGGUUUAUCAGUCUGCCACUGGAACAUCCAACGACUGACUGACACCAAAUUGGAAGAACUAUCGCUAAUGCUCACCUCGAAUAACAACAGUGCUGCUAAACUCGACGUCUUAAUUCUCACUGAGACGUUCGGAUCAAGUAAAAUUCAAACAGCUAUUACAUGAUACCCGGCUACACAUUACACAGAAAAGAUCGAAUCGGGAAGAAAGGUGGCGGCAUAUUUGCGUAUGUAAAUGAGAAAGUUAUGGCUUUACGUCGAAGAGAUUUGGAACUGGAUGAUCUUGAAACUCUCUGGCUUCAAAUUUGUCCUCAUAAAUCAAAGAGACCGAUUUUGAUAUCUGGUGUUUACCGUCCACCUUCAGCCAACAAAGAUUAUAAUGAGAGCUUGGGUAAAAAUAUUGAAAAUGCCCAUCUCCAAAACAAUGAAUUGAUUAUUCUGGGAGACUUUAAUUUGGAUUAUAUUGAUUUCAACUGUUAUUCAAAACAUUGUCUCGCAAAGGCACUGAACAGUCUUGGACUAACGCAGAUGGUAAAUGGGGUAACAAGACCUGCCUCUGAUGCGUGCUUAGACCAUAUUUAUUCUAGUCAUCCUGCUAGAAUUAGAGAAGUAUCCAUAGGUAAAUCUGGACUUUCCGAUCACCUUCCGGUCACCAUCUUGAGGUGCUACAAAACCAUGGAUGCACAACGUAAACAACAUUCCAAAAUCAAAUACAGAAAUAUCGACAAAAUCAACAAAGAGUGCUUUCUGCGAGACCUCAGAGAAGCCCCUUGGGAUAUCUCCUUUGUUUUUCGAGAUGCCGAUGACAUUGUUGAAUCUUGGUACAAAAUCUUUAAUGACAUUCUUGAUAAUCACGCACCUUUAAAGUCCAAGAGUGUGAAGAAAAUCAAUCAGCCAAAAUGGUUCACUAAUGAUCUAUACAACGAAAUAAAUAAACGCGAUAAUCUUCUAAAGAGGGCCAGGAGAACACAAAAUAAGCAAGAUUGGUCUGCUUUUAAACUGGUUAAAAACAAAGUGACGAGGAAACUAAGAAAUGCGAAGGAACAGUACUUUAAAACUCAGUUCAGUAAAAAUCAAAAAUGUCCAAAGAAACUUUGGUCUUUAAUUAAAGACCUAUCUAAAGAUACAAAGAAUAACGACGACUCCGUCCCUAUUGCUGACGAAAACAACAACUUGAUAAAGGAUGACCAUUCAAUCGCUGAACGCUUUAACCGCUUCUUCGUUGAUGUAUAUAAACGUCUCAUAAAAGUCGACACCUGUACUUCAUUAUGAUGCUCUUCCUGGUCCACCAGACAAAUCUAACAGUCUAAUUGAAAAUCUUAUUCCGCAAAUAACUCCUAGUGAGGUUAACGAUUAUCUUCUAAGUAUACCUACACACAAAGCCACGGGAAUCGAUGGGCUUGGUGCCAGAGUUCUAAGGAUUGCAGCUCCUGAAAUAUCAUGCUCCAUAGCUAAAAUUAUAAAUCACUGUAUUGAAACUUGUACAUUUCCCUCACAAUGGAAAAUAGCAAAGGUUAAACCUCUUUUCAAGAAUCAAGGAAACAAGCAAGAUAUUCAAAACUAUCGUCCUAUUAGCAUUUUGCCUAUUCUUUCUAAAGUCUUUGAAAGACACAUCUUCAAUGCUGUGAACACCUACUUAACAGAAAAUUCACUUUUAUACCGCUUCCAAUCAGGGUUCCGUAAAACCACUCCACGGAUACUGCUUUGUUGUUUCUUCUGGACCAAGUCCUUCUUGACCUUGAUAAGAACAACGUCAGCGGCUUAGUUUUUGUGGACUAUAGCAAGGCAUUCGACUUGAUCAAUCAUGACAUUCUCCUGAUAAAGUUAAGAUCAUAUAGAUUUCCAGAUAAUGUUGUAAAGCUAUUGCAGAGCUAUCUACUCAAUCGCAAACAGUGUGUUACUGUAAAUAACUCGACUUCGUCACAACUUACGCUAACUGGAGUUCCUCAAGGUAGCAUAUUAGGACCUCUACUGUUUUUAAUUUUCGUCAAUGAUCUUCCCGAAGCUGUUGGAUCGGACUCAACUAUUCAUGCUUACGCGGAUGACACCACAUUUAAAGCCAGCGCUAAUAUCGAUAAUGCACCUUUGGAAUUGGAACGACGUCUUCAAGAAUACAUGGAUAAAUUAAGUAAAUGGUCUAGCGAAAAUGGGAUGGUCCUAAACGCCGUUAAAACCAAUGCAUUACUUAUCACCGGAAAGAGGCUACAUUCAUCAUUAGCGGAAGGCAAUCACCUGUCAAUAACCCUUGAUGGGGCCGAAAUAGAACAAGUAACUUCUUAUAAAUUGCUUGGUGUAACACUCGAUCAAGAUCUUACAUUUAGCGACCACAUUUCUAGUCUAAAGGCCAAGCUUUCUCAGCGUAUUGGUUUAUUGAAGAAGAUAAAGAGGUACCUUCCAAUAAAAGAAAGACUCUUAUACUAUAACGCCUUGAUUAAACCCGUCCUUAUGUAUGGGAGCAUGGUUUGGAAUAUCUGCGACGCUAAAGAACUCCACUGUCUCCUAAGGUUACAGAAAAGGGCUGCCCGAGUAAUCCUUGGAGUUGACUCUUAUUCUAGAAGUGUUAUAAACUUUAGUAAACUAGGCUGGUUGCCUUUUUUGAUGAAAUCAAACUAAAUAAGUGUACAAUGAUUUUUAAGAGCCUUAAAGGCGAUGUUCCGAUUUACAUCAGAGACUUGCUCAAGACGAACAGUUCUGUACACAAUAGGUCUACUAGACAUGGCAAUUUAAAUUUAGUGUGUCCCAAAUACCUAAGAAAUAACGAUGGUGGCAAGGCAUUCAGUGUUGACGCAGUUAAGUUAUGGAACAGCCUUCCCCAUAAUAUCAAAAAUAAGCCUAGUAUAAAACUAUUCAAAACAGCUGUGAAAAAAGUAUUUUAUAAGCUCAUAUAGAAACCUGGACAACUUUGAAACAAUAUUAAGCAAUAGCACAUUAUCUAAUUUUAAUUUUUUAUAAAUUAAUUUUAUCUUUCUGAAUAUUUUUAAUAUAUCCUGCUAUUUCUAUCAUAGAAUUUUGUAAUUAUUUGUAUAUUUAUCUAUUUAUUAGUAUUAUUUUGUAAUGCUGUAUAAUCUAGUUAGAGGGCCACAGGUUUGUCAGCUUUUCAGCUGUUACGUGUCCCCCUCUAUAAAUAAAGUCCUUAUUAUUAUUAUUAUUAUUACCUGUGUACACAAUUUGACCAUCUCCCUCACACCUUGUCCGGCCCCAGCGCACGUAACUGACUCCAGACAGCCCCUGCCCCUCUUGUCCCUUUUGUCCUUUAGGUCCCGGAUAUCCUUGUUUGCCGACGUUUCCGCCUGAACCAGCCUCCCCUGCAAACAUUUGAAGACGACUCUUGCAAAAAAACAUGAAUGAUUUUAUCGAGCUAAAAGAUUCACUGCAAGCUUCCAUAUUCAAAGAUCUUAUUGACCAUAGCUCUUGAUCAAUAUGCACGCGAGAUUUCUACGAUUAUUGUACGAAAGGUUUUGGACUGAGCCCGAGCGGAUGAAGAUGGAGUAUUGAGCUGGCUCAGUUACAAUCACGUUGUUCAUUGAAAAGCAUUCACCAUCUAAGACAUACAUGGGUGCUUGCAGUGACGAGUUUUAGGGGUGCUAAAACGAAAAAAAAAAAAGGGGGGGGGGUCACCUUCAAGAGCCAAGCUUCCAAUCUUGAUAGUAAAUGCAAUGAAAAUAACCAUGGAUAUCAACAAGCCGCUUACAAUAAUAGCAAGCGGGAGCUUAGCGCAUUAGCGUAUCAGUGUCUUCAAUACCUUUCAGACCAGGAGGUCCCUGUGCUCCAAAAUCACCUUUUCGCCCAUCACGCCCUGCGAUAGUUAAAACCGUUCAGAAAAAAAAAAGAGUAGAUGGAGGAAAAAAAGUAAAAAACAAAAAUAAAAAAGACAGCUCUGAAAUGCUGUAAAUCAAUUCGAUUAGAAGUAAGAGUCUGGUAAACUAACAGUUAAAAUGUUAAGCUCAGGAUCGAGCUUUAAGGCGUCACAUAUUGGCACUUGGCUUGAAACGCUGGCUAACGAAAUAAGAUCAGUUGUGAUUAGUCGUUUAAAUCAGUCAGUCAGUAUUUGUUUAAAAGAAACUGAUGUGUCCCACAAAGGCACAAAGUUCGUCAUUUCUCACUGCAAGGAAAAAAAGGGUAGUUUUUUGCUAACCUGGUGUCCCUGGUUGUCCUGGCGUACCUGGUGAUCCGGGAGGUCCCGCGGGUCCAUCCCUACCAUCCCGUCCAUCUCGUCCUAUGCAAAGUAAAAUUACAAUUAACCUAUUAUUCUUUUGAGUAAAAGAGCACGGAAGUCAACCGUAUUGAUUGUUCCUGUGUAGAUAACUCAUACAUUUAAACAGCCUAAAUUAUUGUUUCUUGUUAAAAUUUAAUGAAGUCUGUAAAGUUUACCUCUCAGUACGGCUCCUGGUGUUUCAAAUACUUCGAUAGAAGAGGACUGGUUAUUUCUAAUUGCCCUAAAGAAAAAGAUGUAACAAUCUCACGCAAUAUUUUAUUCAAAAUGGACGAUGUUGGACGUAAUAAGUUUCUUUUUUCUAUUACAUAAAAUCAUCGUUUAUUUCAUCAUCUCUGAAAUCAAAAUUUUGAAAAACGCUAUGUGUUUACCAUGAAACGUCGUAUACUUGAAAAUUGCCUGAUUGUAAAUAUAUUGCUAAAGGCUCCGACAAAAAGAUUUUGAGAUUUCAUCAUGGUAUGUAAGUUUGUUUUUGCUUUCAUUUUAAGCUUUUACCAGUAAUAAAAGGGAUUGAAAUUCUUCCCCGAGCAAUAAUAAUAGCUUCCUUGUCAUUUUUAGAUGAUGGAUCUCCCUCUGGGACAUUCAAAAACCUGACCUUCUGUUUCUGAUAUGAUAAUCAGCCACCUAGCUGUAUUCUUACAGAUAAAGAAGUUGAUCCAAAACGUGCGGUUUAUUUACAAGAGAUCAAUGUGUCAGCGAUGCGGCAAAUUGUCGCAACAGUCCGUGAUUCUUUUCACGUUUGUGCAGAUUGAUUAUCAUGUGGGGUGUUGCGACGAUGAUAAUGGAGACCUCACCUGUAUUCCAGAACUUUCACUCAUUUCUCAAGACCUGUAAGACUCAGGGUUAACGCUCUCCUUCUUCUUGAAAGCGAAGCUUGAACUUCAGCCCUUCCAUCGAUUUCUGUCUGUUUUCGAUCUGUUACACAAACUUUCCGCAACAACUCGUCCGCGUUUAUCUUCUCCUCAAUUGCAGCCAAUCUCUGUUUUAUUUGAACGUAAUCUACAGCUACUAAAACUACACUCGACAAGAGAAAAAUCACUACUGCCACGUAGAAUACGAAACGGACAAUCUCAGAAAAACGACACCUUACAUAUGGAUCCUCUUUAUCGCGAUCCAUUGUUUCCAACUUAACUGACCAGAGUAGCUCAAGCUUACUUUCCUAAACAACAGCUGAAUCUGUCAGCGCAAGCUAUAGAUGGAUUAAGUGAUCCAACCGUUAGGAAAUAGAUAAUGUUACAUUAAUCUAUAUAGAUAAUGAAAUAAGCAGGCAUCAGGCAUCUGUUAGGACACCGAAACACAAACGACAGCUUGAAUUGGGAUCAACACUACAGCAAAACUUUUGAACUUCUGACGAAGUUCCCCAAAUCGAUCCUCACCAAGAAUUCAAGCAAAUUCAGCGAGAAUCGCCCUCCACCAUUUGAACAGAUCUGAUUUCUGAGCCAUUUUAAGGUGAGAUAUAUUGCUCUCGUUAAAAUGUUUGUGUAAUAAAUACCGAAAUGGUGGACUCUUGAUAUUCGUGGAUUCUUGAUAUUCGUUGCAUCUUAUUUCUUUAACCAUUGCCAACGUGUUUGGCCUCAUUCCUUCAAAAUUUAGGCCACUUGAAGACCAAUCGCUCCAUUUUUCAUCACUGAGAUGAAAAAGGGAUUUGUGUAUUUUCAUUUAUAUUGUCAAAGAUGGUGGGCUUUCGAAGAUUUUUGCCGGUUGUUUCCCACUCAUUUACUUUCUUAGCUUCUUGAAGUUUUCGUAAUUAGAGCGAGGGGUGGAACUUAUGUCUACAUCUCCUUGUAGCUUUUCCACCGCGUUAAACAAAGGAAAUAGCAUAGUCUUGUAAUAGUUUCACAUUAAAACAGGUCUUCAAAUAUCAUCGCGAAAAUUUCGUGCUUAUUGUCGUUAAUGAGAUAGUUUUCCUUUUGAUAGAGCUUGCUCUUAGAAAUAAAAGAAAUGAGGAAACAAAACGCAAAAUAUGCCUUUUUGGAGAUUUGCCGCAGCUUCUUCUAUGCAUUGGUCUUCGUUGGGCUGUUGUCAUGGUUGGCAUUCCUCUCCUUGGAUCACAUUCAAAUCAGGCAAAGAUUGUCUGUGAUUGAUCAUAGAAUGAACAGAUUUGAACGGAAGUUUGAGGAGAUCAUUCCAAAGAGACAGUCCAACAAAAGGAGUAAUGGCGCCAAAACUUUGCUUGACAGGGAUAAGAGAGACGUCUUAAGCCUUGAAAGUCUCGAGAAACGAUUUAAGGCUCCAGAAUUUAGGUGAGACUUUUACUUAUAUGAACCACUUGUAAGACCUGUUAUUGAUUAGCUUUGAAAAAAUACUGACUGGAAACUAUGACCAAGCAGGAAAUACGUGAUUAUAAUUGCGGAAAUUUGAGAUGAGUAAAAAGCCUUACAAAGCAGCAGGAUGAAGGGGCGUGGGGGGCUAUGCAUCUGAAAGUGGAUUAAAACUUUUGAUACCCCUACGGUUUUCUAUCGCUUUUGGUAAUUACCAUUGAAACAAAUGCAAGAAAAAGAUAAUUUGGACUCCAAACUAUGCUAAAACGUGUGAUAAGAAUAAGUCCCUAGAUGUAUCACAAGGUUACGAUCUUUUAACACGUCCUGAAAAUUUUUUUUAGGGCUGCCAUGAAAAACCAGUCCAUUAGUAGAGGCGACGGAAGAUCUCGAAAAUCGCAGGGUGGAGGUUGGUAUGCAGUCUCUAUCGCAACCGUGUUUUAGAUCCACCACCCAAGGUUGUCGCUGUGAUUAUCCCAAAUUAAGGCUACGAAAAAUAUCACAAUUUAAAUGCAAAAAGUUGAAAAACACACGGGGUCCUAAAUUCCUGGGAGGUUAAAGUUGACGAAAAUAAAUUUGGUGAUCUCUUUUUAUAGGAUGGGAUGAACGGGAUGGCAGAAGUAUUCCCGACGUUUUCCUAAGAUUUCCUGGAACACCAGGGAUGCCAGGACUACCAGGUCAGAAACCUUGUUUGGAGGGUACUAAAAACUCUGAUACCGUUUUCUCCCUGAGAUCUUGGUAAAAUGUUCCAAAAGGUGGAAACGUCGAAGAAAAAUCAGCAGAACUUCUGCAAACUGCCCAAUGAAAAAGUAAUUAUAACCAUAAACGAUCAUAUAGUUUUCGAGAUAUAUUGUACAAGAGCCAAUGAACUUAAAUGCUAAUCCUACCCACAACCGUUAACAUCCGAUAUUUUUACCCGGCCUUUUCUGACAUUAUGAAUAUACAAAUGAAAUAAAAAUGAAUCUGGAAUAGCCCUGAAAUCAUAAAGUACAGCACUAAAUUAACCAAAUCACCGAACGAACUAAUCUUAAACCUUUUAAAUUAAUUGAAGUUAUAAAUUGACAGGCAUUCGGAAUUAUCCACUCGUUUUUCACUGCAGGUCGUGAUGGGCGAGAUGGCAGACAAGGCCUCCCUGGAGCACAAGGGCCUCCUGGUCCAAAAGGUUUCAUUGACUCCCGUUUGUUAUUCCGAAAGGGGCUCGUAGCACCCAUUUCAAUUCAACGGUAUGUUAUUUUUUAGUCCGGUAUAACAAAGUUAAUUUACUGGCAAAUGUAUAUUCUGUAGGAGAUAAUGGUCCUUAUGGAAAACUUGGGAGGCAAGGAGAUCUGGGACCUAAAGGACAAAAGGGACAAGAAGGGCAGGGGAGGUCUGGAGUCAGUUACGUGCGCUGGGGCCGGACAAGCUGUGAGGGAGAUGCUCAGAUUGUGUAUUCGGGUAAGUCGCAGUUAAUAAAAAUUAUUCAGUAUUUUUUCUAUUAGAGCUAAACAAGAUAAUAUAAACAGGUAUUGGUAAAAUAUACACUCCGUUUUUUGAGUCGACUAUUAGAUGUGUUGUUUUAAAUUUGUUACCUUCUAAUUUCCUUGUUCUGAUGUUGUCCGCAAUCAUUAUGCGGUUCCGCUCCAAUUGAAGCUCUCGCGUUUCAUUUCAUCUCUUUCCCAGGCUUCGUAGGGAGUGGUCACCAUAGUCACACAGGAGGAGGAGUAAAUCAUAUAUGCCUGCCAAACCAACCAAAAUAUGGAAAGUUCACCGAUCAUUUUGAAAGGACGGGGGCCAUCUAUGGCACUGAGUAUAAAAUGAGCUCAUUUAAUCCUUUCAAAAGAAAUGUGCAUAAUCACGACGUCCCCUGUGCUGUGUGCUACAUCGGUUCAAGAGGUACACAAGUCAUGAUGCCCGCAAGGGAUGACUGCCCUAAUGGCUGGCACGAAGAGUAUCAUGGUUACCUUAUGACAGCACAUUGGGACCACCAAAAUCCCAGUAAUUUCGUAUGUGUUGAUUCGGAUCCAGAGUCGGUACCAGGAAGUUUUGGCAGUCAUGAUGGUGCAUUGUUGUAUCUGGUGCAAGGUAAUUGUGGGUUUUUCUCAUCGUGUCCGCCUUAUUACCAAGGGCGAGAGCUCACAUGCGCAGUCUGCUCAAAAUAA